AUGGCAGCAUCUAGAGAGGAACCUCUUAAUGGCAGUAGUGUACAAUGUCCAAUGGUUGAUUGCCAGAUAAACUUAGUGACAUACAUUACAACAGAGAUGUAUAAUCUUCAAGACAUCAGGGAUUUUAUCAAUAGGAAUCAUGGAAACAUAAAUAUUGAUCAGAGGAAUGAGGAAGGUCAAACUGCUCUCAUGAGAGCUUGUCUAGAUAGAAACAAAGAAGUUGUGGAGUUUUUGUUAGAGAAAGGAGCAAAUCCUAACCUGAGAUGCCUAAGAGAGGGAAACAGUGCUCUACACUUUCUUAGCCAAAGUCGACCAUGCUGUGACAUAGAAAGCGAGACAGACUUGGAAGAUUGGGAACCUAUUCUCGACAAUGUGUCAGAAGCCGAGAGCAGUUGCAAAGACUUCUUGACUCGGGAAAGCCAAGAUGAUACUUACAACCGUUUGAUCAUGAAGUACUGUUUGGAUGAAAAGUACUGUCAAUGUACUGUGUUUAAAAAGCAGAAGAGAAGUGCUAGGAUCAUAGAUACUUUAAUAUUACAGUAUGGAGCUUUGAUUCAGAUCAACAAUGAUGGAUUGACUCCUGCAGAUAUUGCUGGGCUACAUAGGAAACUAUCAACUGUGUUGCACUAUAUAAAUCAAGACUAUAUUCCAAAGUCAGAGCAAAGAAGAGCAUUGGAAAUCAUUGGUUCAUCGUUCAUGAUGAAGGAUGAGUAUGAGAAAGCGUACAAAGCAUUUACAAUGGCAUUAGAAAAGUGCUAUGAUAAUCCAGACACUGAGCAAGGCAAUAUCAAGAAAUCUGAGUUAGAACAUUGUCUAGGUCGCUCGGAAUGUAGGAGUCUCCAUGACCUCAGAAGGAUUAAUGGUGACAAGUAUGCAAUGAGAGUUGAAGGUAUGCUGGUUGCGGAUCGUGUCUUACCCAAUUCACUGAAGGAAGAAUUUAUUUAUGAACGUCUUGUCGAUUAUGGAUAUUCACUGUUGUUUCUUUGGGAUACGCUGGAUGCAGGCUUCAGGGUGUUCACAAAAUGUCUUUGUCUAGAAUGCAAAGGAUGUUUGCCUGUUGGAAGGGUACUUUUGUCAUUGAGGUACAUCAUCAGCCAAGCUACAAGCUCUCCAAGCCUACAUAGGUUUAUUCCACAAUAUGUGAGUCUACUUUGUCAGUCUCUAGAGUAUUAUAUUGAUGUCAUCAGGCAGGUCAAUGUUAAAAACCUUAAAAGCCACAUCCAGGAAAUUCUAAUCAACCUAUCAAAGAUCUUAUAUUCCUUCACUGAUAGUCUUUGCAGUGUCCAAGGUGUGGAAUGUGUGAUUCAGCCAGUUGUCCAGAUGAUCAAAGUCAUAUGGAGCAGGUUAGAUAGAGCUUCAGUCUCAAGGGAUCCAUACAGGCAUCUCACCAACUCUGUCUGUCAUAAGUUACUUUGUGAUAUGGUUGCGCACUUUAGAUACUACUAUGACUUUGAGGAAAAUAGGUACACUUGUCACUGUUUCAAGCAAGUACUUGUUCACUUAGUCCAAGUUGAAGGUGCCUCAGAUAUUGAUAUCAAUGGAGAUACCCUUCUGCAUUCAUUGAUGGGUCUUGUGUUCUCGGGAGAGAUUCAGAUGGUUCAAGACAUAGCUCUUCUAUUUCUAAGGUAUGGCUGUUCUUACAAUUUGAGGAAUAAUAGAGGGAAGAGACCUAUCGAUGUUGCACAGGAAGAGGCUUUUAGUCUUGAUGAUUGCUACCUUUCAGAUCUUACUGGGCUCUACAUUCUCCUGUCUCCUACUGUACUCACUUUACAAGAGAUUACUAUCAGAACUAUUCUAAGGUGUAACAUCCCUUAUCAGGAUAAACUUCCUAGGAAACUCUGUUCCAUGGUGCAGGGUCCAGUGGAAUUUCCCUAA